UAUACUUUUUUCGUUUUUCUUCUUUUCCAAACUGCUUCCCUCCUCUCUCCCGGCUCACCUUCCAGAUCACACCAGGAGGGAAUUUCAGAGGUAGAUCUGAUGUACUUGGUGGUCGAUCUCAAUUACUCUGAAGAUCAUGAUGGCCCUUGAACGCAAAGAAAGUAUGCAGAGGAACUGUGAGGCCUCUAUAAAAUGCCUCCAGAAUAAUGGAAUGCCAUUCAGUUUGCAACAUAGUGGAAAUUCUGCUGAUGGUUUCCAAGAACUUACAGAUGAAAUCAGUUGUCGUGCCAACAAUGAUAUUCCUGAAACAAACCACCCAUUGCUUAACAAUUUCAUUGAACGUCCUAAUGAAUUUCACAAUAAACCUGCUUAUCAGCACAAUUCUGGAUCAUGGCCAGCCUUCCAUUUUGACUCUCAAAAGGUGCAACAGUGCCAGAUGAAUACUUCUGAUUGUCAAUUAUACUCUUUGCCGGUGGAGAACCGCGUCCAAUACGUCCCUUUCAAAAUGUUUGAACAGAAUUACCAUUGCGAAGUUCGGUUGCAAGAGUUUCAAUAUUUUGUGGUUAUAGACUUUGAAGCAACGUGUGAUAAAGAUAGAAAUCCCCAUCCACAGGAGAUAAUUGAGUUCCCAUCUGUCAUUGUAAGUAGUGUGACCGGCCAACUGGAAGCUUGCUUUCAGACAUAUGUGCGCCCAACUUGCAAUCAGCACUUGAGUGAUUUCUGCAGGGAUCUAACUGGCAUUCAGCAAAUUCAGGUGGACAGAGGUGUUACUCUCAAUGAAGCUCUCCUCAGGCAUGAUAAAUGGCUUGAAAAGAGGGGGAUCAAAAAUACAAAUUUUGCAGUGGUAACUUGGUCAAACUGGGAUUGCCGAGUCAUGUUAGAGUCGGAAUGCCGUUUCAAGAAGAUUCGGAAGCCUCCAUAUUUCAACCGAUGGAUCAACUUAAAAGUUCCAUUUCGUGAGGUUUUCGGGGGAGCACGAUGCAAUCUAAAGGAAGCUGUUGAGAUGGCAGGCUUAUCUUGGGAAGGUCGUGCUCAUUGUGGUCUUGAUGAUGCCAAGAACACUGCUCGUUUACUUGCCCUUCUAAUGCAUAGAGGCUUCAGAUUCUCCAUCACCAAUUCAUUGAUGUGGCAGACUACUGACUGUCCAUUGCAAUGGAAACAAUUCCCAGAAACCGUAACACUCCCUCUGCAACCGCCGAUGAAACCAAAACCUCUGCAAGUUCCCAUUAUCCAAUACUUCCCAUACUGUUUCUGUGGGGUCAGAAGUAGCAGAGGUAUGGUUCGUAAGCCAGGACCAAAGCAAGGGAGUUUCUUCUUUGGCUGUGGGAACUGGACUGCUACAAAAGGGGCACGUUGCCAGUACUUCGAGUGGGCCUCUCCCUGAUGCAUGGAAUGGUUUAUGAAUCUUCUUAUUGAAGCGUUCACUAAAUGAAUUUAUGUAAAGAAAGAAAAAAAAAUAAAAUAAACAAGAGUUAAAAAAAAAAAAGAUAUGAAGUUUGAUUUCUGUCUCAUGGUAGAAGGUGCUUGGAUGCUUGGUGAGGUUUCUGAGUCAUACAGAAUUAGAUGAGUUGGUGGUUGAACUGUGAAAUUAUGCUCCUAAAAAAGAAAAAAAGAAAAAAAAAAAGUGGUGCAAGCUUUUGGGAGCUUCCAACAUGUAAAGUCUGACUUAUUGACUGGAGAACCUAUUGGGGUGUGAGUUGUGAGAGAUUAUGGGUAGUUAGGAUGGUGCUUUUAUAAAGAUCAAUCAGGCAUGCUAAAUUAUCUGAAUAAUCUUUUGGAUAGGUAUGCUUUGCUUCUCUUUUUAUUUUUAAUCGUAAUCUAAUGGCAAUCAGUAGAAUUGCUAAUAUCAUUCCCCCCAA